GCGUUUAACAUGAUACAGCGUCGGAAGCUCCUUCUCCAUACUAGCUUCAGGGUGAAGAAAAAGAAUUUUCCUCAAGUUGCCAACAAGUUUGCUACUGUAUCUGCUGCAGCUGUCGCGGCCAUUGCUGAACGUGUUUCAAAUGGUGACUUUAAGACCGCGAACACGCCUGAAGAACGUAGAGUGUUGACAUUGAUGAAAGAGGUAAAUGCAGUAGCUACAGGCAUUCCUGGUUCAAGUAUGGCACGCGUUGCUAAAAGAAAUGAAGUAAAGGGUCUUAUGAUGGACAAAGGACUGGUGAGUUUUUACAUUACUAUUAACCCUGCUGACAUAUAUAACCCUGUCGUUAAA